UCUCCGCACUUCAAUUAAUUCCAAUUCAAUUUGAGACUCUCUCUCUCGCAUCAUGCGAUGGCUUCUCUCCACCUCCCGCUUGUAACCGUUUCCCGCCACCAACACCUUUCAAAUGACCCAUCCCUCCCCAUCGCACUGCCCGGAAAAAAUUUCCAGUGGAAAUAUAACCGGAAAAUCUGCAACUUACUUUGCUCAGCUAAAAAACCAGUUUCCUCGGAUGGCGGAGAUCCACGAGCGAGUAACCUCUUGCUUCAGCUCGCCUGGUAUGGAUCGGAGCUUAUUGGAAUUGCUGCUUCAUUUUUCCGGCCAUCGAAGAAUGGGGAUUUUGAUCGUAAUCUUGAAUUGGCGGGAAAUAUUGAGGGAAAUUUGUCCAGAGAAGCAGUUGUGGAUUGUAUAAAGGAAGAUUUUCAGAGGUCUUAUUUCGUUACAGGAAAUCUCACUCUCAAUGUUUAUGAAGAGGAUUGUGAAUUUGCGGAUCCAGCUGGUUCUUUCAGAGGCCUCCGGCGCUUCAAGCGAAAUUGCUCAAACUUUGGGUCUCUGCUUGAAAAGUCUGACAUGAAACUCACUAAGUGGGAGGACCUGGAGGAUAAAGGAAUUGGCCAUUGGCGGUUCAGCUGUGUCAUGACUUUUCCUUGGCAGCCCAUCCUAUCUGCUACUGGAUACACAGAGUACUAUUUCAACGCUCAAAGUGGAAGGGUUUGCAGGCAUGUGGAGCAUUGGAACGUUCCUAAAAUGGCUCUGCUAAAGCAAAUAUUGAGGCCUAGCCGUGGUUUACAGGGUAAGAAAAAGAAUCCUUAAUUAUACGUACACGCUUUAUUUGAAUCCUUGUGAUUAACGUGCAGUAGUAGGUGUUUGAUGUAAUUUGUAGGAUGGAACCUCCACAUUUAUUAUAGUUUGUUUGUUUUGAGAAAGAAUACGUGCCCCUUGUAAUGAGAUAAUCUACAUGGUUUCUGAGGAAAUUUGAAUCCCUUGUGAUUAAUGUGCAGUAGUAGGUGUUUGAUGUAAUUUUUUGGAUGGAACCUCCACAUUUAUUAUGCUUUGUUUGUUUUGAGAAA